CGGCGCUGGAGGGGGCGGCGCGGCCCGGAGCUCCCGCCGAACGGCCGCGGGUUAUGAAUGAAGUUCAGAAGAGUUGUAAGUACAAAUUGUAACUCUGGAGUUCAGAAGACUGCCUCUGCAUCUGCUUUCUACCUGGCAAGACUUGCAUAUGAUCUUUGGGAUUAUGGCAUACUUCUAAUGAACUGGGGAGUACGAUAAGAGAGGGAGAGCAGCUACACAGUUUGAUGUCAUUCUGGAAUAUUGCUGGAAAUGCAGUAGCCUCCUGCCUCUGGCCACUUUAGAUCACGGGAAGUUUCUGACUGUAAAUUUCAGGGCAGUAUCUUACAGCAGCUUUCAGAGCAAACAAGAACAAUUUAGUUUCAGUUUUCUGGAGAAGAAGUGAGAAGUAACUGAAGAAAAUGACUCUGAUGAUAUUUUUUUUAAUAUUUAUCAUUGAAUCUGCCACUGAGAAGCUGUGUCCCCUUCGCGCCUCCAUUGACGUGCUAGAAGGGGAAUAUUUUUUCCUUUGUUAUCUUGAGUCAAUGCAAGAACAUUUUCAGGAUGAAGCAUACACAAUAAACUGGUACAAGGAAAAUGCUGGAAAGCAGCAACUGAUAAAGGAAACACAGAGGAUUGUUUCCCAAAUGAAUUUUCUGGAGUUUUGGCCAGCUGAACUCAGUGACUCUGGGAAUUACUCUGUCACUCACAGCAAUGGAAAACAAAAUUUCACAAUUCAGAAAUGGACCUUGAAUGUACUUGAAAGAAAUAAAAGCAGCUGUUUCAACAAAAAUCAUUUAAUUACAGAAAUCAAAAAUGCUGGAGCUGGUCAUUCACUGAAAUGCAGUGAUUUGUCUGUCAAUGAAAAUGACAGCAUAACAUGGUACAAGGACUGUAAGAACUAUGAAAAUGAAACAGAGCGGGAACUGGAUUUUAAAACCUUAACAGUACAGCACUCUGGGAUAUAUACCUGUAAAAUUUUAAUCAGUCAUGAAGGAAAGAUAUACCACAGCACAAAUACAAUUAAACUGGUAGUAGAACGUGAUGCACCAGAGACUGUAACUUUGGAGAUAGCUGGACUCAAAGAAGAAAUUGAAACUGAAAUGGGUAAAGAAGAGGUACUCAAUUGCACAGGUUUCUUGGGUUAUUAUAUGAGAGAAGAUGCCAGCCUCUACUGGUUAAUUAAUCAAACGUUCCCAGAAAAGUGCACAGGUAUCCACGAGAACGAACCUUCGAUAUGUGAAGAAGAGUUCCAAAAAUUACAGUUGGAAAACAAGUUCUACAUUACAAGGCUACUACGCAUUAAAAAAGUAACAGAUGAGGACAUGUAUCAUAAUUUCACCUGCAUGUUACAAGCUGAUGAAAGAACAGAAAUGAAAACAGUGAAGCUGAAGAAAGGGAACAGCCGAGAUCUGCCUGUGCACGUUUUCACAACUGGCAUGGUCCUUGCUGUACUAUUUCCAUGUGUUGCUGUAGCUGCGGUGUUUGCCUGUGUGAUGUUUAGAGUUGACUUAGUUCUAUUUUACAGGAACAUAUGCAGAAGAGACGACACUGCUGGAGAUGGAAAAGAAUAUGAUGCUUUUGUGUCUUACCUGAAAGACUGUGUUUCUCCUUCUGAAGAAGAGAGAGAAUUUGCUUUGAAGAUACUACCCAUGAUGUUAGAGGAGAACUUUGGGUACAAGUUAUGUAUAUUUGAGAGGGAUGUAUCCCCUGGAGGAGCGGUUGUUGAUGAUAUCCAUUCAUUCAUUGACAAAAGCCGAAGAUUAAUUAUUAUACUGAGCCAGAACUACGUUUCUGACAGAGCAAUAUAUGAACUUGAGAGCGGACUGCAUAAAGCCCUAGUUGAAAGAAAAACUAAGAUCAUAUUAAUUGAAUAUAUGCCUAUAAUUGACUACAAUUUUUUGCCAGAAUCAUUGUCUCUUUUACCAUCAAAGAGGAUUGUGAAGUGGAAAAAGGAUAAAUCUCUUCCCGUGAAUUCCAGAUUUUGGAAGAACCUUCGGUACCUGAUGCCAGCAAAACCUACCAAGAUGAACACCAAAGGGCAUUAUAACAAUCUUGUCCUUGGCUCAGAAGGGGCUCAACCAUGGACUGAAGGCUGUGACUUUAAUGCAGUUGUAUAACCAUGCUGGAGACAGAAGAUGCUGCAGAAAACUGCACAUUUUGCUAACUAAUAGGAAACGCAAACCGUACACUUUGGGAAGAUAGUAUUCAUAAGAGGUCAGGUCUGAGAUCUGAGAAGAAUGUAGAAAUUGUCACAGUGGCUAGGACGAUGUUAACCCCAAUGCUAAAUGCUAUCGCAGAGAGAGUUUUCUCAGCAUUCUGCACAAAGAGCAGGAAUUUAAUUCUGCUUAGGACUUACCACAUGGCACAAAGCACAAUGAAAAACAUUUUGAUUUCACGUUUUCCACUAACAUAGCGUGAUGUUAGUUAUAUUUGCAUACUUGUUGAUGCCCUCAAUAAAUAUCACUGUAUUCGCAAAGUA